AUGGACGACUCGGCCGAUGAGACCGACCCCCGCGUAGCUGCUUUACUCGAACGUCGCCAGGAGCUGACAGAGGCGUUGGCGGCUUCUCCUUACGACCUCAUUCUCUACCUGGAGCGUGCCCUCGUCUAUUCGGACCUUGCCUAUCCCGACCUUGCCGCUGGCGAUGCGUACCGGUCCCUCCUGCUCACUGAUGAGGUCCGGGACGAGGACUUUGAGUACCAUCAACAGGCCGUGGAUGCCCUUGCGGCCUACUCCCACGAACCCUUUCCCGACGUCCUCCAGUAUGGCACACUCAGGAGCGGCCUGUCCGAUCUGGCGGCCGGCCACGGAGCCGACGGGGAGGAAAUCCACCUUAAGAUCGCGGCCGUCGCGUCUAUACGGUGCUUUCAAGUCUUGUCUUUGAAUCUGCUGCUGUGUGGCUGCCUGAAAAGCGCCUACACCUUCUGCGAGCGGGGUCUCGAGGCCGCCCCCAACAACCAGGAGCUUCUCAAUACCAAGGGCUAUAUCGAAACGGUCGCCACCCGGAGACUGCGCCAGGACAAGUUCAACCCCAAUGACCUCCCAGACAGCGGCGUCGUGCGUCGAGAGGUCUAUCCCUGGAACACGCACGAGCCGGACCGGUUCGCGGACGAGUCCUUGGCUUUUCUGAAUGGAGAACUGGCAUCCAUGGCGCCCAAGUGCGCAGUACAGGUCUCGGAGCUUCCCGUCCUGCUGGAGAACGCCAGCGAGACCGACAGCUACGACAUCAUACCGACAUGCCACCAACUGGGGCUGUUUGCGACAGAGGACAUUGCACCUGGGGAGACCGUGCUACAAGAAUACUCCCUACUGACGGCCAACAACAGGCACAAGGAGUCCACCUGCGACGCCUGUGGCACUCAGCUUCCGCCUCUUGAUGCCAGCUCGACCGCCGUCAACUGUCCCGAGUGCUACGACACGGUCUUUUGCGACGACUUCUGCUUUCAGCAGGCGCAAGAACUCUACCACCCGGCCGUCUGCGACAAGGAUGUCGAUUCAAUAGCCAAGGACCCCGAAGCCAAGGAUGCCGACGAGUCUUUAUAUCUCCUCCUCCUUGCCCGACUUCUCGCCAUGUCAAACCAUCAGGAGAUCCAUCCCCUGGAAGUCAAAGAGAUCAAGUACAUCUGGGGAGACUUCAUCCCGACCGAUUCAAACGCCAUCGACCUGUCCCCCAACGCCGGGCCCCCGCCCGAGUGGACGCUGCCCUUCAACUUCAAGUACAACAUCGAGACGCCGCUGCACAUCCUGGAGAAGAUGGACGUCGACGUCUUCGCGACGCUCGCGGAGCACGACGUCUGGGUCUUCAACACGUGCUACUCCAAGUUCAGGGGCACGGCCUCGGCGCGCAAGAGCCGGCUCGACGGCAGGCCCGACGUGGCGGCCGUGCACCCGCUCUGGUGCCUGGCGAACCACGACUGCGACCCCAACGUCACCUGGGAGUGGGGCGGGCGCAUGCGCCUCUGGGCCCGGGAGGAGCGGGUCGUGGGCGGCCGGCCCGGGGGCAUCAGGGCCGGCGAGGAGAUCCUGAACCACUACUGCGACGUGGACCUGCCGGUCCAGCAGCGGAGGGAGUGGGCCAAGGGCAGCCUGGGCGGGUGGUGCAUGUGCCAGCGCUGCAGAGACGAGGCGUCCGGGGCCGUCAAUGGCGGGGGAGGAGCCCAUUGA